CCCUCAGACUGGGGAUCAGUCCCCCAGUCCCUACUCCCUUUAGACCCAGGAGUCUAGUCUGGCUCCCUGUCCUUGGAGGACCCGGGUUUCAUCCACUGCUCACUCCAUGGGUAGAAGAAUCCCUGGAUUCCAUUCCCAUCUGUGAAGGAAAAUGGUUGGUGUUGGGGCUGCGGUAUGAAGGCUGAGGAGGCUCCCUGCUCAGCACUCUGACCCCGUCUUUGGCCCCCUCACCUACUGAGCCCUGCAUCAGCAGGAAGAGGCUCAAAGCUGGGAUCCCAGAGCCCACCAUGUCGCCUCCCUGGACCCCUGGGGCCUCUGUGGGGACAGACCUUGAAGGCCAUCACCCCAGCAACCAGCUGGGCCCCGCCCACUGCCCACCCAGCUUUCAAGGUUCUAAGUUCUGUUGCCAGGGAGCCCCCUUGACAUGGGGAAGAAGGGAGAGGGGGUCACACUGGCCUGGUCGCGCCUGCUUGUUAAGAAGCUGCUUCCUUAGCAACCAGCCCUGUGAGGCUGACCCCCUGCCCUGCGCAUCUCCUGUAAACAUCCUGGUGGGAGCUGAGUGGCCCUGGGCUGCCUCCGUCAGAGAUGACACAGGUGUUUGCUGCCUGGUCCUGGUCGCUCUGAGCCUGUGGCCGGAUAGAGCUGCUGCCCCGGGGCCACCGCCGGGCCCCCCACGGGCCUCCCCAGACCCUCGGGCCGAGCUGGACAGCGCCGUCCUCCUGACCCGCUCUCUCCUGGCGGACACUCGACAGCUUGCUGCGCAGCUGAGAGACAAAUUUCCAGCCGACGGAGACCACAACCUGGACUCUCUUCCCACCUUGGCCAUGAGUGCAGGGGCGCUGGGAGCCCUACAGCUCCCAGGCGUGCUGACGCGGCUGCGGGCAGACCUGUUCUCCUACCUGCGGCACGUGCAGUGGCUGCGGCGGGCCGGCGGCCCUUCCUUGCGGACCCUGGAGCCAGAGCUGGGUGCCCUGCAGGCCCGUCUGGACAGACUGCUGCGCCGGCUGCAGCUCCUGAUGUCCCGCCUGGCCUUACCCCAAGCACCCCCAGACCCACCAGCUCCCCCACUGGCCCCCCCAGCCUCCGCCUGGGGAGGCAUCAGGGCAGCCCACGCCAUUCUUGGGGGGUUGCACCUGACCCUUGACUGGGCCGUGCGGGGCUUGCUGCUGCUGAAGACUCGGUUGUGACCAGCUACACAGAACCGCCAACGUCCUUCAAUGCCACAUCUUAUUUAUUUAUUUAUUUGGGGACUAGGGGCAUGGAGGUCAGGAGAUACCCCCCUCUUCUUCUCCCCCUAAUUAGAGACGGUCCCUCCAGGAGACCUGGGCAGAAGAGGGGGGGCAUCUGUGCCUUAUUUAUACUUAUUUAUUUAAGGGCGUGGGUGGGAGGUGGGUGGGCUUGGGGACCAAAGGGUGAGGGAACUGGAGUCCUGGAUUCUUGAAUCUCUAAGACGUCUGGCCACAGUGUUUCCCUGUUCCCCACGCCUCUGGGCCUAGGCAGGAGCAUAUAUUAUUUAUUAAACAAUUACUUUUUGUGUUGGGGCGGGGAGGGAAGGGAAAAGAGGCCUGGGUUUUUGUACAAAAUGCAAGAAACUUUUGUACGAUACAGAAGGGGGAAUUAAAUUUGUCAUACACA